AUGCCUAUAGUAGUAACGGUUACACUACUAUCGCUCUAUGUCAAUAUACAUGGUCUUCUCAGCGUAGCUGAUGGCGACGCUGGAGACUUUGCAGACGCGCCACCGCCAGCCUAUCCUCGCGGUCUGCAUAUGCCUAGCGACCGUCACGACAAUGGCAAGACGGACGUUGCGGAUAUGAACAUUUUCCCCACACGGGCCGAAAUUUUCAGUGAAGUGGUCGAGUUCCUCCCAUCCACCGAUCCAGAGCAGCCCCAUUUCCUCACAGACAAGUCCCAGCGCCACAUCGACACGCUCUUUCGUCUCCUCCGGCAGGAUACGUUUGGGGAGCUUAAAUAUGUCCUGGCAAGCACCCUGCGUGGUUUCGAGAUACACAUUUUGUUUAGUGGCCGCCAUGGUUUGGAGGCAGAUAUUUUGUUGUCUCAACUCCCAACUCUUCGAGGCAAGUCCUCCCCCGAGAGAGGAUGGUGGGAGGACUCGCGACGACUUGCCGAGGGUUGUGCUCGUGUCGUUCAUAGCGAUCCAUGA